AUGCCAACUCCUUAUCUUCCUUCUUCACUGCCCCUUCAUCAGACUCACCUUCCAUCUCCUCCUCCUCUGUACCAUCAGCACUUCUCGAGCAUCAGAACCCAUGGAGUCCAUCACAAGAAGACCCAGCAGAAGCCUUUGCUCUCCUGCUCAAUUCAACCUCGAACCACCCAAAUCAACAGAACCGCAGAAGAAGUACAGCACCCAGAACCCAACGUCAACCCUCGACGCAGCGGCAGAGUUCAAGUUCGGUACUUGGUGGAGCGGAUAAGAACAGUGCCCAAACACGACAGACCGGAGUUCCUCGACCUCCUGAUGACCCAGCGUGAUGGCGGGAUUGGCACGGACGACUCGCUUGACCUGAACAACCUUCUAAUGGCCCUGGUCUUAGCCGACGAGCCCGACCUCGCUCUAAGCUCUUUCUCUAGCAUGUCGUCAAAGGGUCUGUUGGUCCCUGAUUCUUGGACGUAUUCCACCAUGAUCAGGUGCUACUGCAAGAAGGGCCAACCCGAUGAAGCUAAGAGAGUUUUUGACCACAUGGUGGAAAAUGGGUUGUCUCCGACGGUUGCGACCGUGACUGAGUUGAGCAACUCGUACUGCAGAAAGGGCAGGAUGAAGGGAGCAUUUGAGGUGUUCGACACAAUGGUUAGAAUCGGGAUCAGUCCUAGUGUUCAGACGUAUAACUGUCUGGUUAAGGGGCUUUGUUACGUUGGGAGGGUCGAGGAGGCGCUCGAGAUGCUGAAAGGAAUGAGGAAUGGACCGGUGAAGCCCGAUGUUUACACGUAUACGGCGGUCAUGGAUGGGUUCUGUAAGGUUGGUCGAUCCGAUGAGGCAAGGGAGCUACUGGAGGAGGCCGUGGGGAUGGGUUUGAGCUUGAGCGUGGUUACUUACAAUACGCUGUUCGAUGGGUAUUGCAGAGAAGGGAGGCCUGGGAAAGGGCUUGGCAUGCUAAGGCAGAUGAAGGAGAGGAACUGCCUGCCUGACUGCGUGAGCUACAGAACCUUGAUCCAUGGGCUGUUGAAGUGGGGGAAGGCUAGAGCUGCCCUUCGGGUUUACUGGGAGAUGGAGGAUUCCGGGUUUGAGGUCGAUGAGAGGAUGAUGAACGUUCUAGUUAGAGGCCUGUGCAGGACCUCACUGAAGGAGGGUAAUGGUUCUGAUCUGUUGGAGGAUGCGGGCCAAUUAUUCAGCAAAAUGCAGAUUCAGAAUCUUGCAGUCGAGGAUGAUACUUAUGGGCUUGUGAUAAGUUUGUUCUCGGUCAAGAAGAAAAGCGAGGAGGCCUUGGUGAGCGUUCGGAAGAUGAUGGGUGAAGGGUUUCAUCCGAGGAUCAUUACUUUAGAGGAUGUCGUGAGAGGGCUCUGCAGAGAGGGGAAGCUUGAGAAGGCAUUGUCUUUUUUGGUCCUCAUGGAGGAAGAAGGAAUGUAUCCUAGAAGAAGAGUGGCUUACAACAUUCUGAUAGAGGAGUUUAACAGGCAAGGAAUGGCCUUCUCUGCUUGUAAUGUUUAUGGGAUUGCUCUGAAGAGAGGAGUAAUCCCCGAGAAGAAGCCGAAAUUUCGAGAAACUGAAAAGUCUUAG